CUUCGAUCAAGAUAUCUUUUUGAUUGGCAUUAUUGCGACCUGCCAGCAAUAAUGCAACAUAUUCGCUUGAUUAUUUUACUAUUCGCUCUACUGCAGCUGUCAAGAGCGGACGGUGUCGAAGAUCUUAGUCAUGCUCAAGAUGAGGAAGAAUUGUCUUCGUGGGAUAAAGCAGAAAGCGAAAACAAAAUCGACAUGAAACUCGAGGACGACGUCGAGCCCGAGCAGCUCACCGAUCAAGAUGAAGAUCCACCGUAUGAAAGAAAGCUAUCACCCAGAGAGCGACUGGCUAUGGAAGAAGAAGAGCGUUGGCAGCGGACGCUAGAGGAAGUCGAGAAGCGAGAGCGUGAGGAAGCAUUACAGACAUCUGAGUCAACGCCAGAACUAGACAUCAACGAGUCGGAAUCGACCGAACAUGACCAGGGAACAACAGAAAACAACUAUCCUCCAGAGGAAGAUGAGGCUUACGCUGCAUACCUCGAACGACAGCGAAGACUGAAUGAGGAAGAGAGUGAAGCGGCCGAAGAGGACGAAGAAGUCCUACCGGUCAUCCCAGGUCUGACAGACGUCGAUUUGAUUGCGUUCAACGCCGAGUACGCGAACGAAGAGGUUCUUGACAAGAUCAUAGACUGGUCCUACGACCAGGUUGCAGAUAUGUCGCGGUACCGAGACAACUACAUUCACGUGGAGGACUUGUACCAGUUCCUGCUCAAGACGCUGAACCCGCUGGACGAGGAGAUCGACGCGGACGACGAGCAGAUCCUGACCGACGCGGUUACUGAGCUGCGCAGACAGCAAGGACUGGUGGACGACGAACAGAUCUUGUAUCGAGGCUUCAUCGCACGCGGCAUGCCGCUGCGCUUCCUGCAAUCCCUGGCUCAAGAGAUGCACCAAACGGUGCAGACGAGGCGUCUGCAGGCUAGCGCAGGUCGUGACGAGCUCUAGGCUAGAGUCUGCAUCAUGGUCAAGGCAACAAACAGCUUCAACUACCAACAUUCCUUCGUUGUGAAAUGAUUGUAUCGAACCUUUGGAUAAUGAUCUCUUGGAUAGACCACCGGAAAGAAUAAGCGACAAACUGCCG